AUGAAAAGCAAUAGUAAUUGGUUAGUGAAGACAACACCUGUUGAUGGAAUCCCUUGCAUCCCUCAGUCUGUUGAUGGAAUCCCUUGUGUCUCACAGCCUGUUGAUGGAAUCCCUUGCAUCCCUCAGCCUGUUGAUGUAAUCCCUUUUGUUUCACAGCCUGUUGAUGGAAUCCCUUGUGUCUCACAGUCUGUUAAUGGAAUCCCUUGUGUCUCACAGCCUGUUGAUGGAAUCCCUUGUGUCCCUCAGUCUGUUGAUGGAAUCCCUUGUGUCUCACAGUCUGUUGAUGGAAUCCCUUGUGUCUCACAGUCUGUUAAUGGAAUCCCUUGUGUCCCUCAGCCUGUUGAUGGAAUCCCUUGUGUUUCACAGCCUGUUGAUGGAAUCCCUUGUGUCUCACAGUCUGUUAAUGGAAUCCCUUGUGUCCCUCAGUCUGUUGAUCCUGUUGAUGGAAUCCCUUGUAUCUCACAGUCUGUUGAUGGAAUCCCUUGCGUCCCUCAGCCUGUUGAUGAAAUCCCUUGUGUCCCUCAGCCUGUUGAUGGAAUCCCUUGUGUCUCACAGCCUGUUGAUGGAAUCCCUUGUGUCUCACAGCCUGUUGAUGGAAUCCCUUGUGUCCCUCAGCCUGUUGAUGAAAUCCCUUGUGUCCCUCAGCCUGUUGAUGAAAUCCCUUGUGUCCCUCAGCCUGUUGAUGGAAUCCCUUGUGUCUCACAGCCUGUUGAUGGAAUCCCUUGUGUCCCUCAGCCUGUUGAUGGAAUCCCUUGUGUCCCUCAGUCUGUUGAUGGAAUCCCUUGUGUUUCACAGCCUGUUGAUGGAAUCCCUUGUGUCUCACAGUCUGUUAAUGGAAUCCCUUGUGUCCCUCAGUCUGUUAAUGGAAUCCCUUGUGUCCCUCAGCCUGUUGAUGGAGUCCCUUGUGUCCCUCAGUCUGUACAUAGAAUCCCUUGUGUUUCACAGCCUGUUGAUGGAAUCCCUUGUGUCUCACAGUCUGUUGAUGGAAUCCCUUGUGUCCCUCAGUCUGUACAUGGAAUCCCUUGUGUUUCACAGCCUGUUGAUGGAAUCCCUUGUGUCUCACAGCCUGUUGAUGGAAUCCCUUGUGUCCCUCAGCCUGUUGAUGAAAUCCCUUGUGUCUCACAGUCUGUUGAUGGAAUCCCUUGUGUCCCUCAGCCUGUUGAUGUAAUCCCUUGUGUCUCACAGUCUGUUGAUGGAAUCCCUUGUGUCCAUCAGCCUGUUGAUUCUGUUGAUGGAAUCCCUUGUGUCCCUCAGUCUGUUGAUGGAAUCCCUUGUGUCCGUCAGCCUGUUGAUGGAGUCCCUUGUGUCUCACAGUCUGUUGAUGGAGUCCCUUGUGUCUGUCAGCCUGUUGAUGGAGACCCUUGUGUCUCACAGUCUGUUGAUGGAGUCCCUUGUGCCCCUCAGCCUGUUGAUGGAGACCCUUGUGUCUCACAGUCUGUUGAUGGAGUCCCUUGUGUCCCUAAGCCUGUUGAUGGAAUCCCUUGUGUUUCAGUCUGUUGA